UACCGUUGAGCCACAUCGACUCCAUACCUCACCAUGUCACAGGGCGAAAAGGACAUCCAGAGCUCAGAUGCGAGCAAGAAAGGCUGGCUAGCACCAGCGCUCAAUCGCGAAGAAACAGAUAGGACACAAGACCCCAACGUGCUUGUCUCUGCCGUCGAUGAUCAAGCUGCCAUAGAUGGUGUGGAGCCUGUAUACGCCGCCAAAGCGAAAAUCCUAAACAGAGCAAUACAAGACAUUGGCAUGGGGAAAUAUCAAUGGCAGCUUUUCAUCGUCAUUGGCUUUGGAUGGGCACAGGACAACAUGUGGCCAAUCGUGACGUCCCUCAUCCUCGCCCCCCUCGCCAAUGAGUUUCGUGUGGCACGACCGCCCCUUCUUACGUUGGCCCAGAACUUUGGCCUGCUUGCCGGCGCCAUGUUCUGGGGAUUCGGUUGCGAUAUCUUUGGCAGACGGUGGGGUUUCAACCUCACUUUGGGUGUGACUGGUCUUUUCGGCAUGCUCGCUGCAUCGUCUCCCAACUUGGCAGCCGCCGGAUGCUUUGCGGCCUUGUGGAGUUUUGGAGUCGGAGGCAAUCUGCCUGUUGACUCCGCCAUAUUCCUCGAGUUUCUCCCGGGGACUCAUCAAUACCUUCUCACAAUCCUGUCGAUCUUCUGGGCUUUCGCUCAACUCCUUGCCUCAUUGGUUGCCUGGGGUCUGCUGGGUAAUUAUACUUGUCAACAGUCCAAUGCAAACUGUACACGAUCGGAGAACAUGGGCUGGCGCUACUUUGUCAUAACAAUGGGUGGGAUCUCGCUUCUUGGCUUCGCCAUUCGCUUUGGCGUCUUCACCCUAUACGAGUCCCCGAAGUACUGGAUGGGCAAGGGCAGAGACGACGAGGCAGUCCGCAUAGUACACGAGGUUGCGAGAAGGAACGGGACAAUCUCAACGCUGUCUGUUGCCGAGCUGAAAGCAUGCGAAGCCUUGGCCCCAACGACGUCUGCCAUCGACCACAGUGCUCGCGGUGCUCUGAAGCGCAAGCUACGACAGGUGAACUUUAGCCAUGUACGAUCGCUCUUUGCCACAAGCCGUCUCUCCUUUAGUACAGGUGCGAUCAUGGUCGUGUGGGCGUUCAUCGGAUUGGCCUUCCCGCUUUACAACGCCUUUGUUCCUUACACUCUGGCAACGAAAGGAGCCAAGUUUGACGAUGGGUCGACCUACAUCACAUACCGAAAUGCCUGUAUCAUCGCUGUGUUGGGCGUUCCUGGCGCGAUUCUUGGAGGGGCCCUGGUGGAGACGAAGCUGCUGGGUCGAAAAGGCACCCUAUGUGCUUCAACCAUCCUCACCGGUGUCUUCAUCUAUGGCAGCACGACCGCAAAGACCAGCAAUGCUCUUCUCGCCUGGGAUUGUGUCUACCAAUUCUUUUCCAAUGUGAUGUACGCUGUCCUGUACGCAUACACCCCUGAGAUCUUCCCAACAAAAGAUCGAGGGACUGGAAACGCUCUAACAGCGACAGCAAAUCGUGUAUUUGGAAUCAUGGCUCCCAUCAUUGCUAUGUAUGGCAACCUCGAGACGAGUGCCCCAGUCUACACCAGUGGUGGGCUCUUUAUAGCCGCAGGCUUGCUGGUGUUGAUUCUGCCAUACGAGUCCCGGGGAAAAGCAUCGCUAUAAAUGUAAUAUAUAGAAAAAUGUCAUCAAGA